UCCGCAAACCUUUUGCGAAGCUCGGAACUCGUCGUACAAGUGAGAAUCGGUGCAGCGAACGACGUGACCAAUGGUCAAAAAUCCUAAUGAGAUAAAAACUGUGCGAUGUCGUGUGGUGACUUUUCGCAUUUCAUCGAACUUGUCAGUCAACCGGUAUCGAGAUCAGCCGUGCUAAUCUGUUGUGUCUGAUGCUGUGCGUGUCCGAUUGUAAAGAAACUCUCGUGAGCGCAGUCGCACCUCUUAUCGUUUGAGUAUGCUCACUGAAACGCUGAAAUGGCAGAUCGACUCUCUGGAGUUGCUAUUAUUAUCUGUAUCGCAUUAGGAGUCCUGACCUUCCUUCUCCUGUUUAUAUUCGCCAAGAGGCAGAUAAUGCGAUUCACCCUCAAGUCAAAGCACAGCCCCCAUGUGCCAAUCGGUCAUGGUGUGUCCAAGUCGCUGAAAGAUGAAGUUGAUAGACGGUUGCUAAUUAUCAAAGACAUAGCGUACGAGCCUGCACUUCUCAAGCCAAACGAGUGCCUGUCCGCCGAUAGUGACCUAUCUCAAGCGCAGCCACAGCAUUUGCUUCGUAUGGGUGUUGUGGACAAGCUUUCGGAACUAGAGGAGCACAUUGGACGAAUCGACAAGACACGAGUCCGCAAACCAGGACAAGAUGUUCGCAUCUUCCUUCUGCGUCAAGUUCACGGGGGACCGUUCGCGGAUUGCGAUCCUCGCAUUAUACACAAGUUUCUGGACUUGUACGAACAUGCUAGGCACAGCCCGAAGGAGUUCACACACGAACACUACCUUGCGUUCAUGGGCAUCCUAGAGCAGCUGAAGUCAAGCCUACCCUCUCGGGAAAAGACCACACCUCGGCGCAGGGAUGCGACGCAGCCGCCCAAGAGUAGCGAGUCUCCAAAUGUGAACUUCUUGUCUUCUACAAUGACUCUUCCAUUGCCAGACGCCAUCCUCCCAGGCAAUAAUGGAAGGCCAGUGACUGAGCCGCUAGCUAGCUGCCGACCAUCUAAUCUUGCAUCUGCAGAAGAUGAUAACAGCAGAGACGCUGCUCUGGAAACUUCAGUGUGAGUGUUGUGCUUCACUGUGCAUCGAUCUUCCGCAAGUGUGAAACAUUUACGCCGUUACUUUGGUCACCAUUGUGUCAUGGUUAGGCUUACGAGCAAGGCUAAUUGUAGUCACCAUCGAAGUAUGUUGGAACUUUUGCCCAGAUAUUUAUUUGUUUCCUCCCGGACUCUGUUGAGCUGUUGUAAAGAAACAUUAAAAGAAA